CCGGCCGCACACGCAGCGCGCUCGGGCUGCCCAGGGCGGCGGGCGGCGGCCCGGCCGGGGCUGCGGGCGGCGGCGCAGGAAGUGACAACGCCGGAGCCGCGCACGGGAGCCGUCCACGCCCAGCCGUGUCCAGGGAGGGCCUCGCCCAGGCCGAGGGGCCUGAGGGGAGCUGCCGGCGCUGGCUCUGCCUGUGUGCGCCCCCCAAGAUGGCUCGUGCCCACCCCGGGGUGGAGCCCAGCGCCUGAGGUCCUGACCAUGGUGAUGAUCCUGAGGAAAAGCCUCGACAACCGGGCGGCGGGGUCCGCGGCACGCGGGACCCUCACCCCCGAGCUGCACACGCCAAAGAAGAUGAGCCGCGGGCCAACGCUCUUCUCCUGCGGAGUGACGGAGAACGGCAGGUGGCGCGACCUGGACAGGAAGUGCCCGCUGCAGACGGAGCAGCCGAGCGCCCGCCUCUGGGAGGGCUUCCCCGAGGGCUGCCCGGACAGCGCCCUGUGGCCCCGGGAGGCCGCCGCCGCCGCCGCCUGCGCCGUGACCAGCCUCAUCCAGGACCUUAGCCUCAGCGACCCCAGCGGGAGCCCCGCGGCGCCCCCCAGCAAGCGUCCCUGCCGCUCCCUGUCCUUCUCGGACGAACUGUCCGGCUGCCGGACGUCCUGGCGGCCGCUGGGCUCGCGGGUGUGGACGCCGGUGGAGAAGCGACGCUGCUACAGCGGGGGCAGCGUCCAGCGCUUCUCGGGGGGCGGCAGCCCCAUGCAGCGCAGCUCCAGCUUCAGCCUGCCCUCGCGGCCCGAGGCCCCCGCGCCCCCCGCGCCCGUCCCCGCCCGGCCCGGCCCCCCGAGCGCGGCGCCCUGGAGCCCCCCGGCCGGCGGCCGGCUGGACCUGCAGCGCUCCCUGUCCUGCUCGCACGACCGCUUCUCCUUCGCGGGGGACGGGCCCCCCUCGGCCAGCAGCACCCCCGCCUCCACGCCCGAGCUGGCCCGCCGCCCCAGCGGGCUGGCCCGCAGCCGCUCGCAGCCCUGCGUCCUCAACGACAGGAAGGCGGGCGUCAAGCGGAGACGCCCCGACGAGGCUCUGGAGCCGCGGCCGUCGCUGGACCUGGCCAAGAUGGCCCAGAACUGCCAGACGUUCAGUAGCCUCAGCAGCCUGGGAGUGGUGGGCGUGGACGUCGGUGGCCCCCGCGCCUGGACCGCUUUGCUCUCAGCCUCGGGCCCUGGAGGCAGGACCCCAGCGGGGACCCCCGUGCCCGAGCCGCCGCCCCCCCCAUCCUUCGACGACCCCCUGGCCUGCCGGGAGGAGCUGUGCUGGGAGGAGACGGACAGCGGCCCCCUGGACGAUGGCUGUGGCCAGAGGUGGGAGACGGCCACGGCCUGGCGGGACCGCGCGGCCGCCGGGGGCAGCCCCUGCUCCCUGGACGGCGAGCUGGACAUCGAGCAGAUCGAGCAGAACUGAGGGGGCCCCGGGCGCUCCUCGCGGGAGGAUGCCGGCCAGCCUGCGCCUCGGGGCGCCCACUCUCACCAGCACUGCAGGGGCCCUCGGCUCGGGGACACCCGGACCCCAGCGGGCACUCGACGGUGGGGCUCCGUCGGGGCGCGCGGCCCCUCAGCCUCCUGCUCAGGUCACUCACUGACCCCGUGCCUUCACCCCCUGCCCCCCACCUCUCCCCUGCUUCUAGUGACCCCAGAACUGCCGGCCUUAAUGGCACGGGCAAGGCCCCACACCGGGUCAGAGGCUGUCGCGCCCACGUGGGGUCAUCUGCUGGCCCCAGACCAGCCCCCACUGUCCCCUGGGGCCAGGGUGCCGGGGGUGGGCCUAGGGCGGCCUUGGCAGGUGCUCACGGCCCUCGGGGUCAGCCUGGCA